GCGGGAGGAAAAAAAAAAAGUUAAAGUAAAAAUGGCUUCCUUGUCUUUGGAGUCUACAGAACAAUCCGAGAACAGUCCAGAAGAGCCAUCGGCAACGGAGUCCAAAGAAGAGGAGGAUCCGGUGCAAAUUUCGGAACAAUUACUCCAAAGUUUCCAAAAGUCGGCUUUGAGUUUUUCCACCGACCAAGUAUCAUGCCUCUGCGAGGCCCUUUUGCAGGCGGGCAAUGUGGAUCGCCUGUGGAGAUUUCUAUCCACCAUACCUCCUCCGUCCGAGCUGCUACGUGGCAACGAGACCCUGCUGAAGGCCCAGGCACUGGUGGCCUUCCACCGGGACGAAUUCAAGGAGCUGUACGCCAUCCUGGAGAGCCACGACUUUCACCCGUCUAACCAUGGGUUCCUGCAGGACCUGUACCUGAGAGCCCGCUACAAGGAGGCGGAGCGGUCCCGCGGCCGCAGCCUGGGCGCAGUGGACAAGUACCGGCUCAGGAAGAAGUUCCCCUUGCCCAAAACCAUCUGGGACGGAGAGGAGACGGUGUACUGCUUCAAGGAGAAAUCUCGGAACGCCUUGAAAGAUUGCUACAAGAGCAACAGGUACCCGACUCCGGACGAGAAGAAGAACCUGGCCAAAGUCACCGGACUGUCCCUCACGCAGGUCAGCAACUGGUUCAAGAACCGCAGGCAGAGGGACAGGACCCCGUCCGGGACCAACAGCAAAAGUGAGUCCGACGGGAACCACAGCACGGAGGACGAGGCGAGCCUCAUGGACGACACCCCGGAUAAACCAGAGGAGGCCGCCGGCUCCACGGCUUCCAUCAUCUCCCUCUCUGCCCUCCCCUGCAGCGCGGGGGGCCAGCUCAUCCUCAACGGCUCCGGCGGCUUCCUCACCGCGCCUCCGUCGUUACUCCUCAACGGAAAUUCCCUGCUCUCCGGUACCGGCGCCGGGGUCAUUAUCAAUGGGCUGAGCUUGGCCGACUGCCAGACAGUCACGCUGAGCCCCGUUGCGGCCAACUCUCCGUUGAUACUGAACGGGGCUCAGGUAAGAACCAAGCCUGGUAUCGCUGGGCAGCAGCAAGCACUUUCUAUGGCACCGCAGGAGCUUCCGGGCGUGGAGGCCAAGUCGAGCGCCCUUCCGCCGGCCUCGAACCCCCCGUCCGUCAUCUCGCCUCCCCAGCCGACCGGAACAGGCGGCAAUGCGGCGGAUUACAUCAGUGUCCCCGGAUCAGAGGGCCGGACGGUAUCUCCGUCUUCAUCUCUGUCCCCUUCCUCGCCGACUCUGUCCUCCCCAACCGCGCUCUCCUCGCUCGUCUUAACACAAAACGCCCAGUGCCAGGGGUCGCUCGCCCUCCCGGCCUCCAUGUCACCUGCGGGCGUGUUACUCUCCGGUGCUUCUGCGCCGCUCUCCGGUCCAUGCGGGGAGUACGUUGUAUUCGCCACUGCUGGCUCUCACUUAAACCCUUCGAGCUCGGUCGUCCCCUCCAGUAACUCCACCCCUCAGGUCUUCUCCCUGCCCCAGGUUGUGCCUUCCAUCCAGGGCGUGCCAGUCUCCCAGCUGGUCCAGCACUCCUCCGGGGCCCAGGUAUCCCAAUGUCCUCAGUUGGUCCCGCUGUCCCCCCUCGCCUCGUCUGCGCCCCAGUUCCAAAGCCAGACGGCGAACACAAGCACUAGACUGGUGCAACAGCUGCAGAAUUCCUCAACAACUUUGCCUGAAGGUGCUACGACUAUUUUCUCGAUCUCGCAGCUCAACAACCACCAGCUCCUGCAGCGAACGGCGCACCAGCCGGGGGACCAAGGCACAAACUCCACACCCAGUAAAAUCCAGGUCCCACAGGUCGUUUCCAUCUCAUCCCCGACACAAGUGGUCUCCGUGCCCCAGAACAAAGGCAACACACCGGCGCAGUUGGUCCCGCUGUCCAUGCCUCAGCUGGUGCCCGUCUCCUCCAUCCAAACUUCGUCCAGCAUGUCUUUCCCGCAAGUGGUGCCAGCCAGUCCUUCGCUCUCCAUGUCCUCUGCUGGAGUGCCCUUACAGGUCCUGACCUCGUCCCCCGCAGGGGUCUCACAGGCUCCUCUCCGAAUUAACCAGUUGAGACCCAUUCAGAGUGUGGGUCCCCAAACCAUUGGGGCCCCUGGCAUGCAGCUCCUCAACUCUGGGAUCAUUCAGCUGCCGUCUGCUCCUCCAGGUAACCUCCUCCUGGGUGGGAGCCCCUACCUGAGCGUCCAGCAAGGCAAGCUGAUUCUCACCAUCCCAGCAGGCAUCCAGCUCGCCGGUUUGAAGCCGGUCUUCGAGGCUCCGCCCGUCUCCACCAACGGACUGAGUCACCUCCUCACCUCCUCCGCCCCGCCCGUGGUCUCGAGCCCCUCGGGGCCGAGCGCCGGCGGCCUCGCGUCCUCCCCCCUGAACUUGAUCAACACGUCUCCGGCGUACUGCGCUCCGGAGACGGGGAUCCCCGCCGUCCCCUCCCCUCUCUCGCUGGACCAUUCGAUCGCCCCUAUGACCCCGAACGCGCUGACUCCAGAGAGCCUGCUCACCCUCAGCCCCGUGUACAGUGGGGGGACACCCGGCACCCAGCCGGCCUGGAGUCCCGUUCCCCUCUCCGCUUCGGCGAGUCUAACUCUGUUCGAUGCCCGCGCCAAGGGGGACCUAACUGUGGACCCGGCUUUGUUAGGCCUCCCCGGAGGCGAGGCGCUGCUUCUGGGGAGCCCCUCGCCGGAGCGGGACGCGGACGCCGGCUCGGCACUCGGCAAUCCGGAGGAGCUGGACGGCGACUCCAAGAUUCUCACUCAGCUCCAGUCCGUCCCCGUGGACGAUGCGCUCGGGUUGUAGUCCUCUAACCCUGGCCGUCGUCCCCAGAAAAAAACAGUGACGCGACGCUGUAGGUCGCAGACUGUGCCGCCUGACAGAUGAUAGCCCUCCAUGUCCAACCUCAAGGAGGCAAGUUAGUUAUUCACACUCUGCAGCUCUAUUUCACGUGGACGGGUUGUAUGACAGCUUCUCAUGCGUUUCAGAGUUGUUGUUUUUCUUUUUUGUUUUACUAAAAAUCUGUACGUGCCUUACAUUAUCAGAUGCAGAAAGAAGAACUAACACAGAUCAGAUCGCCUGGCCCAGUUACAAGUCGUGGUGUUAUAAAAAAGAAAGGAAAAGACUGUCCUAUGCAAGGCGUCAGCGCUUCUUCAGACCAAGUUCAGCUGUACUUGGGAAAGAUGACUUGUGUGGUUUUUUUUGCUGGCCUUAAAAGACGCUCUAUGUGGAUCGACCGGAGUAAUUGAACACCAGACGGUCUGGCAAAGGCAUUGGAUCUAGAAAUAGUUGAAUGUCUGUUCAGAGCGCAGAGAUUCAGGACGUCAUCUACCAGGAAACACUCCAGGAAUGUAAUGAAGAUUAUGCUCUUCACAAACAGAAUCGUAGCUUGGUCGUUAGGGUUUUUAUGGGAAACCAUAAGUACCUCAUAGCGUCAGGGGCGAUGCAGCAGUAUUUUGUUACUACAGGUUACUAAAGUCUGGGCUGAAAAAGGAUUCAAUCGGUGGACUUUCUGCAGUUUAAGUGAGAAUGCUGCUCUCCGUUAGUAAAAGUGUAACACAGGGAAUAAAAGGGUCUAUACUCUAUGCAAUGCAUGUUUAGUUCUUUAAAGGACUCUUUGUGACACAAUGGCUUAGUUGAUAAGCCAGAACUCUUGGGAGAUGAGAAAAAGCUUUUUAAAUACUGAACUUUUAAAUGAAGCAUGACACCAAAGCAUUUGCUGUGAUCCCACUUUGUGAUAUUUGUUGUCAAAUGCAUCUAAAAUCUUUAAUUUGUUAUUAUCGAUAAGUGCCUUAUUUUGAAGUUUAGAGGUUUGAUGUUUUUGAUAUGAAAUGUUUUGACCUUGUACACCGUUUAUCACAUGUGCUAUACAACCAAAUUUUAGGAUUCAAGUUGUGGCCUAUUUUUAAUUUGCUUGUCUUGUUUGAUCGCCAGUGAAAUAUAAUGUGACACUUUUGGUUGCAUAGAUAUACCCCAAUAUCCUUUAUUUGUAUAUUUUGCACCUUUCAUUCAAGGAAUGUUUAAGGCGCUGCUGUAUUGUUAUUACAGUGGUUGGAUUCAUAUUCUCUUCCAAAAGCGCUUUUAUAUGUUUUUCCUAAUUGGACUAUUAAUCAUCGGGAAUUAAACCCUAAAAAUGCUCAUCAUGGUUUAGCUGUCCACUGUCAUAACACACAGGUAGCGGUCAGACCGUCCAAUUAUGGUACACCAAAAUACACUUCAGUGUCGCAUCCAGUUACAAUAAUGGCCUUUGUGUUGUUUUCUUUUUGUUGUUUGUCUUUUUGUGCAUUUAGUCUAUUUAAAGCAUGUAUCAAUCAGUAAGAAAGCGAGUCCUUGUGAGAAGAUGCAGAUAGGAAAUGAUAUUCAUUUUGACUUGGAAAAUCACAUCGUGGUGCAAACUGAGGUUCUAAAAUCUUAGCAGCAUGUAUUCAAGUCAUUUUGAUGGCAAUCCAUUAGGUCACCCCCCCCCCCAAUAAUACAUUUUCAGGCUAUUUGCUCCUAAUGGCCUUUGAGUAGAUUGUUGAGUGGCUUCGACAAAUCAAUUUGAAUAUAAAUUAAAUUUAUAUGAAUAGUUAAUACUAUAGUUAGGGGUAAAGGGAAAUGUUUCCUAUAUGUAAAAUAUGGUAACCUGCAUUUGUUCAUGAGCCAUUUCUACUAUUCCAAAGUAUUUUGACAAUAAAGCCUCAAUGGGCAUAUGAGCAUUUGUAUCUGUAUAUGACUCCACAUUUGACCAAAGAUAAUGUAUUUCGAUUGACUUUUUGAUAUUUGUGAAAGGAACGUUAGUGUCCGUCAGAUUCUUGUUUUUUCUCGUUUUUGUAUCCAAAUGCAUUCUAUUUUUUAUAUUUCAUAAUAAUGCAAUAAACU